CCCACACAAACCGCCAAAUGGCAUUCCACUCUUUGCAUCGCUCUGAAUCGCUCCCAUCGUCGAGGUAGCAACGAUGGGCACCCUCACAGCCAACUCCACUCGCCUCCCAACCAACUGCGAACACAAACUUCCCACCUCCUGCCGCCUCUCCUCCAUCCCCUCCUGCUGCGCAUGUGCCGACGAGCGCGCCCACGCCCCCACCUACAGCACCUACAUCGACGGCAUCGGCUUCGUGCCCCGGGGCAACCGAUGGCAGCGCUACUGCUGGUACUGCAAGGAGUUCUGGGAGAAUCGGGUGAAUGUUAGCGGGCUGCGGCCGGCGCAGACGAGGAUUCCUGAAGUGCCUGAUCAGCGGGAGUUUUUGGAGAGGUGGUAUGAAUUCCACAGGGGAUAUCGGAUUGUGUCGCAUGCGGAUGGGAGGGAGGAGAGGGUUGCCGUGCUUGGGGAGGACUUUCGGGAGGUCAGUCCGGGGUGCUUGCCUCGGACGUUGGAAGAGAUGAGGGCGGGAAGGAGGGCGGAGGAGGUGCAGGCUGCUGUGAUUGUGGAGUCUACUGGAGUGGAGGAACGGGACGAGACGACGUUGGACGAGACGCUGGAUCAGAUGCUUGCAGAUGCGGCCGACGAGGAAGACGCGCAAACAUCAAUGCCGACUCCAAGAAUAGUCCCGGAGCCGAUAUUGACGACUACCGAUGCACUACCGACCCCAAACAUCCACGCUCAAGCCAUGACUCCUGCCGGCUCACGCAGUCGAGAAUACCAACUGCGCCGCGUGGCUGCACUACGCCGAGAGCUCAACCGUAUGCGCAGCGGCAUCGAGAGAGUCAUCACCGGCCUGCGCGAGCUCGGCGAGCCCAUCCAAGACGACGACGAGUCUGUGGAUAUAGUGAGGAGACUCGACACAAUCCUAGAGACACCAGCUACAAACUCGAUUCAGAACGAUCCCGUCAUCGCCACCGCGAACCCCCGGGCAACCCAAGUCCUGUCUAGUCUUCAAGAACGAAUCAAUGCUGCACGGGAUCGACGCAGCGCCGCUCGGGAAGCGCUACGACAGAACGUCGAAGCUCAUACCGCUGCAAUGAUCGAAAUACAAGCAUCCAACUCCCACCUGCAGCAACUCCAGCGCGAGCAGCGAACCAUGGAAAACUACACGCACGUCUUCGGGAGCAGGGAAGAGGUCGUCGCGCAAGGCGAGAAUUAUGUCUCUCCUAUUGGUAACCUGUUCAGCCGGGCAUAUGAACGCUUCCGGGCGGCGGAGGAUGUGCGGGUCGAGCAGCGGACCUUGAGACAGGUGUUAGAGGAUGAGGAGCGGAUCGAUACUAAUGAGGCGGUGUCGAGACGGUUGGAGGAGCUUGAGACGCGAGAACGCGAUGUAUGGGGUGUACCGCGACGACAGAUCACCGUUGGUCCGCUGCCUACACUUGCAUCCCCUGAACCGCAUGCUUCGGUGAAUGGAGCGGACGAGGACGUCAUCAGCAGAGAAUCUGCGAAUGAGGGCGGUCUUGAUGAAGACCCUGCAGACCCGGACCUGACAGAGCAAUUAUUUACGAUCCUCCGAGAGCAAGAGCUUCUCACAGAGCAAAGACGACGGGCAGAGGCCGCUUCCACCGCGGGAGAUGAAUCCUUUGACGAAAUCAAUCGAAACACGAUGAACGCAAUCCUCGAAGCUCGGGCGCGGAUGGAAGAGCGAAAUCGCGCAGACCCUCCUCCGGGCCACCUCAUGGAUCAGUGGUGGCACGAAGACGCCGAGAUGGUCAUUCGCGCCCUCACCACUGACGAGCAGCUGAGGACGGAUGUGGGUGUCAGCACUCGAGACGCCGCUGUGCUACUUGCUUACUUCAUUGACGACAUGGUCUCGGAGAGCGACCGCACCUUGCUCGACAGUCUACUUCGGAAUCCCGUUGCCAUUUGGGGCGCCCAGCUACCAACUGAAUGGUUGCGCCGACAGACUGAUCUCCUGCGAGAUGGGCGAAUCGAAGGUCUCUACUUCACAGGGACUCCACCUUACGGGGGCAGUGCAGCCUUCGCGGCACACCAUAAUCCCUACCUAACGACGGAAAUCGCAGCACAGGCAUACGUCAGGUCGGGCGCUGUUCGUCGAUUAACUAAUCUGACGUCGGGGCAGAGGCUGCAAAUGCUGGUCCGAUUCCAAGCUGGACAACGGACGGAUGACGACCUGCGAGUGCUGGCGCUUCUGAACUCCGACGACGACACCAGGGCUACCGUGCAGAGCAUAUAUUUGUCUAACCUUGGACUGGAGUCUAUGCACCGGAGAAUGCACUUGGAACAGAUUGAGGAAGCCCAGCGGAAUGCAGUAGGGCGCACAAGGAGAGAAGACGCCACGCCCACCAGCCCCCUCGCCCUUGCAGCAGGCAGACAAGCGAUGCAGACAGGCCCACAAGCCCUCAUCGAACAAAUGGCCGAAGCAGCGAUGCGCAACCGCCUCUUUGCAGAAGAAGACGCCGAAACCCAAGCGGCCUUCAGCCGCCUCCAAGAAGCCAGCAGCACAGGCUACCGCACCACACGCUACGGCCUGCGCGCAACAACCGCAUCAGCUACCACCGCUUCUUCUGCGGCCUCUUCCCCAGCCUCCUCCCGCUCCUCCUCCCCCUCCGGCCUCGACGCGCGCGAGUCUGGGCGCCCGGAACCCAAAACCGACGCCCAACUCCAGGUCAGCAUGGAGUGUAAGGUGUGCUACACGCAGCUGGCGGAGAUUGCUUGUCUUCCAUGUGGGCAUUUGGUCAUGUGUCGGUGGUGCAGUGAGCAGCAUUCCCCGUGUUAUACGCAGGAUCCCACGAGGCCGCGCAGGCCGGUGGGCUGUCCGGUUUGUCGGAAGGGGGUGAGGCAGAAGGUUAGGGUGUACAGGGGGUGAUUGAGAUGAUGUGAAGUAGAACAUGUAAUGAAAUGAAGCUGAAUGAUAUCAA